AUGUUGCGCGACGAAAUUCAGCACCUCAAGUCCAAACGCAACAACAUCUCCAUCGGGAACUCAACACAAAUUACUCUGCAGAUGGUGGCUACGGAGUAUUUCCGCGUCUUUCGUCAUGGGUUUGUCGAGCCAGACGGAUCGCGGAUCGCUGAGUUAGACUUCUUGCGCUUUUCGAUGGCGCCAGAUCUUGAUGCCGGAACGGUAUUUGGUUUCGAGGCUCUCGUAAGGAAUUGGGGAGUCUUCAGCCAGUUUUUCCAAGAUGUUCGCGUUUAUCUGGAGAGCGUCGAGCAGACUACAGAGCACUCACUCUUGGCUAGAACCACCACCAGUGUUACCUUCACCGAAAUAACACUUCGUGAUGCGUUCUUGUAUCAAGGUCACCAGGAGUGUGACCAGCAAGAGAGAUGGGUGCACAUCGCAGGUAAACUACUGGGGCAACGGCUCGAUAUGCACGGCUCCGUGCAGUUUACCUGGGACAGCUCGAACCAUCGUGUGACGUAUCUGCCGUGUUCAGCAACGCUCGCAUAA